CUGAAGAUUGCAGGGUUUAAUUAUGAUUAUUUGAUUACACGAUUUGUGAUUAUAUCACAUCAUUACACAUAUUAUAUACAUCAUUUGAAUUCUGGACUUUCUGACGUUCAACAGUCCCGUGACUUUCCGACAGAGGUCGGCAUGUAUACCAAACUUACGAUCGUCUGAAAAUUUAGCGAACCGUCAUAAUAAUAAGUAGGUAGUAGAAAAGGAGUAACGAAUUUUUCUUCACGAUCAAGUUUUUUGCCUCUAUCCAGUCUCUAAAAUAAAAGAGAUCUUUCGAUCUCGAUGGCCAACGGCAGCACUUCAAUUAAUAGAAUAAGCAAUAGUACGUAGAUUCGCGAAGGCAAACAUCAUUAUACUUAAUUGUCAUGGCAACGGAAGGCGAUGACAAUCGAAGAGAACACGGUGUCAAACAGUGCAGUGCUAUCGAGAUUCGGUAUAUUUAUACAGGUAUUAAAAAAGUGUGCAGCGUUGCUUAAGCAUGGAAAAUAACGCUUUGAGCAACGGUAGAGUACAUCAACAAGAGACGACUACAACGGUGCAGCGCUUUCUCACCAACAGGCCCAGAAAAGGUACCUAUAGCGGCUACGCUGUGUUUACAGCUCCCUCCGAAAUACCAGCCGUUGAAUCUAAAAACUGGCUUCUGCACCGGCAUUACACCAGGCAUGAGUAUCGGAUAUGCAAAGCCCUCAUCGAAAAGGAGCUAAAGGAACACGCGGAGCGCACGGAAUAUCCCAACUAUUUGAAGGGCUUGAUUCUGAGGAAGGAAGGCAGAGUUCAGGACUCCUUGGACUGCUUCCAGAAGUGCUACAACGUCAAUCCCACCAAUGUUAACAACGCCAAGCAGAUCGCCAAAUCUCUGUUCCUUUUGGGCGACCACAAAAGAGCCAUUGAAGUAUUUCUCGAGGCCGAAAAGAUGGUUGAUUCACCCGACUGGGAAAUUCAUUACAACUUAGGCGAGUGUUAUAUGAGAGCGAACCAGCUGGAAAAUGCAAAGAACCAUCUGCUAACGGCAACAGAGUUGACGAAAAACGAGAGCCCAUACUUCGCGCUUGUCAAACUCUACGUCAUGGAGGAUCGAAUUAUUGACGCCGUAUCCGUUUACACGGAAGCAUUAUACGCUGUGCCCGAAAGUGAGGAAAUAGCAACGGAGCUGGGUCUGAUGUAUCUCGGAUUAGGCGAUACAAAGCGAGCUUUUCAGCAGUUUGGCACGGCCUUGGCUCAGUCAGCCAAUUACGCCAAAGCCACUUUACCGAUGGCCUACGUGAUGCAGUCUCACGGAGAAUUCGACGUCGCCUUCUCCAAGUACAAAAUCGCCGCUCAGUCAAUGUCGGAAUCCUGGGCCCUCUGGAACAACGUCGGCAUGUGCCUCUACGGAAAGCAGAAAUACGUUUCCGCGAUCACGUGUCUGAAGCGAGCUCACUACCUAAACCCUUUGGCGCUCCCAGCCGCCUGCAACCUGGGCAUCGUGUACCUGGCGACUGGUCAACCAGCUUCAGCGGCAAUUUACCUGUGCGCGGCCGUAGCGGCCGGUCCCAACAGCGCCAUGCCUUACCUGCUUCUCGGACUGGCGCUGAAGCGACUGGAGGACCUCGAGGGCGCGGAAAGAGCCUUGGAAAAGGCGCACUCGCUCGCUCCCCAGGACCCCCAAGUGCUCAUUAAUUAUGCGGUUGUGUUGGACGCCGGGAGGAAGGAGGAGCGCGCGCGGGAGAUGCUCGGCGUUCUCAGCGACGUGGCCGGGCUCAUCGAUGUCGAGAGUCAGAUAACAAAGAUGGCCAAGCAGCUGGCGGCAAAACUGCAAACGGACGAUAAAUCCUUCAGCCCGCUGUUUGCGGAGGAGGAACGGACGUUGACCGAGGACGAGGUCUGAGAGGCCAAGGCAAACAAGGGACUUUAUAAAUGUUGCUGCGCACCGGCGCUAUAUAUAUAUAGCUUGUCUGUUUUUCUUUUCGUGCAAUUCACUCCCUCCGGCAGCGUCGUUCUCCCCCCUUUCUUUCUGUCGCGAGACUCUGUGUCAAAAUCGAUCGCUCGCGCGACUUAAUCUCUGGAAUCGUGUCUACUUUAACGAUAAUUAAACUCUCUCUCUCUCUCUCUCUCUCUCUCUCUCUCUCUCUCUCUCUCUCUCUCUCUCUCUCUCUCUCUCGAGAAGGCAUUUCAUUCCUCGCGCGCGGACGCAUAAUUAAUGAAGUUGGCGCAACUGAUUCUUCCUCGGCACGCAAAGCAAGUUUAUUUCGUUUAAUCACGCUCACGGUAAUCUCCUGCACAUGCUUUCCUCUCUCUCCCUCUCUAUCCGCGUACAAACUCGCUCAAUGUUGAUUCGAUAAAUAUAGUAAACUAUCGCGCGCGACUAGCUUGAUUAAAGUUUUGAAACGCGCGCGAUCAUUCGUUCAAUAACGGCUUUGUUUUAUAAGUAAAUAAAUUUUGCGUUUGUUUUCCAUCGAAUAGUUUAUGCUGAAUGUUUGCGCCUCAAUGCGUGUGCAGUAUAUUAAGAAAGUUGUUCAUAAAUGGAGAAAAAACUUUUGCAAACUGUGAGAAUAUCUUUUGAUAAGCCCGAGUUAUUAUUACGUAUAAUUUUUUAUUUUCACGGAUCGUGAUGUUGACAGGCGGAUCCGAUCCGCGAAAAUUGAGCUAUUACCCUCGAGCAAUUUCGAUCUCUAUAACGCGUAGCAUUACACAACAUUCGGGUAAUGGAGAUCCUAAUUUAUCGGUCUACUUGGCAUUACAGUUAUAGUUCGACGCGCGUACAACGACACUGCUAUAUCAUAUGUUGUAUACGUAGCCGGAGGGAAAAAAUGAUGAAUGGGACUAAAAUCAUAAUUAUCAGGUUGUGUGUGCACGGGGAAUUGGAAAGAAAAUAUACUCGAAUAAGUGUGUGGGCAUAAAGCAAUGUUCGCCUUUAUUUUACAACAAUA